AUGAAUGAACCUCAAAAGAAAAGAAAAUCGAGGUGGGGAGAAGCAGAAAAGAAAGAUGAUACAGAAAAAGAUGAAAAGGAUAAUCAGCCAGUCAACAUUUUAGAGAAUCUAGCUUUAAAUUCUAAAACACCACUAGCUAAUAGCCUUGGAAAUAGUGGGAGCAUAUCCAACCAAGGACUACCAAAUCCUAUUUUAAAUUUACCAAUAUUUACAUCAGCAAUCCAUUUAAAUAUAUUAAAGGCUACUGAAUCUGCGAAACUUGCUAUUGAAAAAGCAAAACGAGCAAAUCAACUUAAAGAUGAAAUAAGAAAUAAUAUAAACAAAAUAAAAUAUAUGCCGAAAGCAUUAAAAUUUGAUGAUCAAGGAAGAGAAAUUGAUGAUGAAGGUAACGUAAUAAAUAUAAAACCAAUACCCUAUUCAACUUUAAAAGUGAAUAUAAAUAAAUUAAAUGAAAAUAAUAUUUUAAAAAAGAAAGAAAAUGAUGAUGAUGAAAUAAUUGAAGAUUCAAAAUGGUUUGAUCCUCGAAUAAAAAAUAAUAAUAAAAAUGAUAAUGUAAUAAAAAAAAAAAAGAAUGCUUUAAAUUUUAUAGUCCCAGGUUCAUAUAUUAAGCAACAAGCAACUGCCAGAAAAUUUUAUAAUAGUAAAUCAAAUAUAAAUAAUGAUAUUAAAAAAAUGUUUGAAGAAAAAAAAAAGAAGGGACAAUCUUUUGAAGAGCUAUCAUUAAAUUUUUUAAGAAAUGAUAUAAAUAUAAACCCCAACUUGAUAGACAUAAAUAGUAUUAAUAAUUUUGGAAAACAAAAGGAAUGGUCUGAAUCUGAUAAAUAUGAUAUUGAUGAAAAAUGGGAUACCGUAAUAUUUAAAAAGGUCGAAAAUCAGGAAAAUUUAGAAGAAUAUAUUAGCGAGCAAAUAGAUAAUUGGAAUAAUAAAAAUAUUAAUGACGACGAAGAAAAUGACGAAGACGAAAAUAUCGAAGAGAAUGAAAAUGGACUUUCGAGAAAAACACUGUUUGAAGUUAAUAAGGAACUAGAAAAAUGUGAAAAUAGCAAAAUACUUGUUUUAGAAAACUCUGAAUUAAUAUUUAAUAAUGCCUUAUACAAAAUAAAUUUGAAAAGAAUAACAAAGUAUAUAGAACAUCCAGUUCCAUUAAAUGCAGAGAAAAAAGAUGAAUCAUUAAAUACGCCUCAUAUGUUUUUAACACCCUUAGAACGAAAAAAAUUAAGAAAAAGAAAAAGACAAGAAAAAGAAAGAGAAAAACAAGAUAAAAUACGAAUUGGGUUAAUUCCCCCACCUCCCCCUAAAAUGAAAUUAUCAAAUUUGAUGAGGGUUUUGGGGAAUAGUGCCGUUGCACAACCAUCAAGAAUUGAACUACAAGUAAGAGAACAGAUGAAAGAAAGAGAAUUAAGACAUUUUCAACAAAAUCAAGAAAGAAAAUUAAAACCAGAAGAAAAAAGUAAAAAAAAAAUUAAUAAAUGGAAAUCAAAUCCAGAUGAAGAAAAUGAAGUUUUAGUUAUAUAUAUAACAAAAGUAAACAAUAAAAAACAUAUUUUUAAGAUUAAUAUAAAUGCUCAACAAUUGCAUUUGACAGGCGUAUUUGUAAUGACUGUUCUUUAUAAUUUUAUAAUUGUCGAAGGAAAACAUAUAUCAAUAGAAAGAUACAAACGUUUAAUCUUCAGAAGAAUUAAAUGGGAUGAAGAUGAAAUGGAGGGUGACGAGGAUGAAGAAGCAGGUGAUGAUGUGGGUAAUGGAAAUAACGAUGAAAAUCGAAAUAAAAAUAAAUUGAUAUAUGAAUUUGAUGAUAAUAACAAUAAUACAAAUUUCGAAAAUAAUGGUGAUACUGAUUUUAGCAUGUUAAAUAAAGAAAGAGGAGUUAAUUGUAGUUUAAUUUGGAGUGGCACUACUAAAAAAAAAAAUUUUUUAAAUUGGAAAAUUCUUGUAGCUAAAACCGAGAUGGAAGUCACAGAAUAUUUGAAGGAACACGAUGCCAUGCACUAUUUUCACAUUAUUAAAAAGCAUCACAAUGUAUUGGAAAUAUAG